AUGCCAAGUAGCAGAAAACCGCAAAUCAUCAACACCAAUAUCCCUUCUCUCAACCAGAAUUUGCAGCCUCUGUCUUCAGGAACUGACUGUGUCCGGAGUGCCAACUCUUCGCUCUACAACUUGCGCCUGAUGCCACCGGCGCCUCCACCACGAAUCCGCACCGAAGAAAACAGUCCGCCUCCAGACCUCGCAACUCUCGUAAAGUCUGCCAUGGGUCGCCCACGUGCUGUUGUCUCCAAACCGGGCGUGAAGAAAGCAGCACCAGAGGAUAGGGAGGAGCAGGAGGAGACCAGUCCCAAGACAGCGGCGAGCCGGGGAAAAGGAAAGGCAAAACGAAAGAGAAAGAGAAGAUCCAGUUCGAGCGAGCGUGAACCUGAUUUCACCAAGUAUGUCCAGCGCAUGAAGGCUCUCGCGAACAACCCUCCCACUUUCAUUGGGCCUCUAAGGUUUCCGGGUGAGCCACUUCCUCAAACACUUACCGGUGCAGCUGAAUGGGAUAAGAUGCUCUGGUCAUGGAAGCUCAACCGUGUGGCGCACAAGUAUAUUCACCAGGAAUACGAAAAGCUGGCAGGACGGAACAUUAAUAGGAAAAGCUUGCUGAUUCGGUUUUGCAAGCUGAAGGAGCAAUUUGCCCUGAGUGGAGAAAUCAACUUCCCCGACGGCUGGCUCGAACAAUAUCCCGGGGACAUCAAAUACCAGAUUAUUUCGGAACGAACGAAAGAUGAGAGAGAAAAGAAGACCAAGUUGAUUUCCGCCAGGACGAAGGCUAUGGAAGAGAUCGAUUCGCUGUUGUGGGAGACUGUCCAGAGGAUUUACCGGGAGGACUACGGACAGAACGUCUCCUGCGGCACGUUGAAGGCACAAUGGAAAAAAGUUGAAAAGCAAACGCAGUCCAACGCUACCAAAGACAAUGAUGACAAUUAG